AACUAGAGUAACAGGGUUUUUAUUUAUCUUGCUUAUUAGCAAUCUGUGGCGUGUGAGGAGGCAUAAUCACAGAAAGAAUCAGAUGGAGAAUGAGUCGUCGGCUGGCGGAGGAGCUCCUUUUGAUCAGUUUAACUUCACUUUUGACGACGACGACGACGAUGAUGAUCACUUUGUCACCAAUCACAACAUGCAAAUGCCUUCAAACCAGAAGAAUAAGGCUGCGGAACAUGUUGAUCUAGGAUCAUCAAGUAGUGGAAGCUCUCAGCCUAUGAAUCGAGCAAGGUCGAGGGAGAGCGUAACGGUGUCAGCCUUCACUCCUUUUAGCGGACUAUCAGAUCCUCUCCAUGAGCAACGUGCAAACUUGGCAUCAAUGGGGGCUUCAUCUUCAACUCCAUUAGUUGAGACGCCGCAAAGCCACCGUCACAUAACAAUUGAAGAACUCAGUCACGCAUUGCAAAGUAAUGAGUCUCAACCAAAUCCGGAAAAGUCAGGCCCUUCAGUUUCUAACUUUCCGUCACCGGAAGUGGCCUUUAAUCCUGAACUUGAAGGAGCAUCACAACCGCAUCAUCCAAGAAUGGAUAAUCUCGAGCCCGGAUCAUCAGUUGGAAAUAACUGGUUCAGUCUAAAUCAAGCAAAUUCCACCCAAAUUUUCAUGCCGGGAGCUAUAGGGUUUCCAAGCUACCAGUACUCUAACCCUCCACUUAUGUUUGCUCAAAACGACAGGGAAACAGUACCGUUUUACUUCAAUUUGCCCAUGCCAAUACAGCCACAUCGUCCAAGACCGAUGCAUAUGGGAGUAACUAUCCGUGAUGGUGUGGUGGAGCCUCACCAUCCAGAACCAGAACCAAAUGUAGCAAUUCAGUCACAUCCCCAAAUGGAGCAAGUGCCUCUGUCUCUAACUUUGGGUCACAGUCAAUAUGGCAUAAACACAAUGAUGGCCGAGCUAGGAGUUGCAGAUCAAAGGCCAUCCCAGAGCAACCAGCAGCAAGCCACUUUGUACCCCCAGCAACUCAAUGAUCCUCCAAGGCCUUGGACCCCAUCAGGGUUCUGGACCCAAAAUAAUCAAGUUAUGCCAGCUAAUGGAGCGUGUAACCAACAAUGGACCAACUGCAUACCCCAUGGAGCUGUACAGACAGGGCCCCAAGGACCACAGCAAUUACUGAACCAGCCACAACAGCUGAACCAAGUGCAGCCACCAAAUACUUUUGGUUCACAACAAUGUCAUCACCCUAGGCGACCUGCAGGGCUUUCUGCACCUCUUUGGUCUCCUAAGCAUACCAAGAGAGAGAAUGUCCUGACUCCUUGGAUCCUGGAGUCUUCGUUUGCUGCAAGGGUCCAAUCUUUGCCUGAAACACAAGAUAAUCACACCCAGGCGGUGCCACCACACCAUUCUAAUUCUAUAAAACCUGAUCCUUUCAUGCAGUCUGGGCUGGGGCAAGUAUCAGAUCAUCAGGAACAACCUAACCAAGAUUCAAGGGCAUCUAAUGUAGCUUAUCCACAGCAACACGACUCCAUAGUUAGUGGACCUAUCAUCGCAUCUGGGCCUCAGGGAAUGGGUGGUCAACAGAAAAACCCUGACCAUGUGCAGAUGAUACCUGAUGUUGUGGCUGAUAUAAAGUCAAGGCCUUCUGUGCUAUCUAACAUAGCUGAUCCUCAGAAUCACAGCUCUGGGCUCUCAAGAGCUCCUAUGCCUUUUAGGCUUGCUCCUGUCCAACUUGAUGACAUACUGAAUCAAUCUACUAUUCCAAGUGAUAGCAGUUCUCAGAGGAGUGUUCAAUUCCGAAACUCCCCAACUGAACAAGGGACAGCAGAACAACAAGACUACGUUGUCAAACGACGCGGCAAACAACUUCAAUUAGGAGAGUCAUCGUCGCUGGCCAAACGCUCCAAGAGGAAUUCAGCAGCUUCUAGUCGUACAGAAGUCAACAGGAGUACUUUUGAAUCUCAAGAAAAAGAAAUGGAUAUGUUGUCUAACCUUUUCUCUCCUUCUAAUGCAAGGGAAAUAAAAAAUAGUCUUUAUGACCCAGCGUUUGAGGCAAUCGGCCUGCCUAUUGACCCCCAUCUUCGAAUGUUUCAAGCAAGCAAGCAAUUCCUCCAAUGAAGAGAUAGUGGGUUUUGGUCACCUUUAACUUGUCUGGCAAGGGUUAACACUUGCUAUAAUAUAUCUUACUGUAUUAAGGUCAACUAAUAAAUAGACAGUGUAACUCUGACAUUAUAGUCCAUCAUAACUAUAAGGGCACAUUCCU